GCAAAGCAAUGGGCGAAGAUAAUGGACCGGUUUGUUCAUCUGAAACCGUCCUUGCCUCAACUGCUAAGACAUUAUCGGAAGAUGGACAAGAGAAUUCACCGCAUAAUUCUGCCAAUGAUUCCGGCCAUGAAACAUCAUCACCUGAUUUACCAUUAACACCUGUCGAGGAUAAAGCCGUUUCGCCUGCAGCAGAAAAAACUGGUAUCGAUGAGCCAUUAUGUCCGAGUGGUGAAUGCGAAGCGAUGUUUCGUAUUCGUAUUAUUGCACCUGGGGUAGAACCAUUUGAUUUACAGGUAAGCUCAAAUGAAAUGGUGCAAGAACUACAUCAGGUGCUGUUAGAACGUGAAGCGACAUGCCAUCGCACGUGUUUCAGCUUGCAGUUAAACGGCGUUUCAUUGGAUCAUUUUACCGAAUUGAAAAAUGUUGCUGAACCAUAUACAACUCGAGAAGCUCGAAUUCAUGUUCGCCAUGUUCGUGAUCUAAUUCGUUCUCUUGAUAUGUCUGAUGCUGUUAAUGGUACUGAUGGUGCAUCACUAUCAUAUCUUGCUACAAUGACACUAGGUGAUCGUAGAAAAAAUACUGAUAAAUCAUUAGAAUGUUCUCCUCCAGAUUAUGUCCUGCCAGGUUAUAAAGAACGUCCACUGAUACCACUACUGCCAGUAAUGAGUGAUCCUGGAGACGUUCUCUAUUUGACGGUUGAUACACGAGAAGGACGACGCUAUCAUAUAACUUGCUGUACGAAAGGCUUUUAUGUGAACGCAACCACUGAAGCAGGUUUCCAACCAACGCCUUCACCGUCGCAUAGAGUUAUUCAUCAUUCGCUUUUGGAUUUACUUUCGUCGAUUAGUAUUUCGUUUAAACGAGCUAUGGCGUUGAUUUUGAAGAAACGUUCCGAAAAGCAUAUUUUCGAGCGAUUGCCAACACCAUAUCAGGUAAAUUCGUGGGUAGCACCGAUAUUCGAGCAAACCGAAGAUGGAAUUCGUGCAGAAGACUGUACACAGCCUCAUAAAAUUGGUCUUGAAGAUCAUAUUCCUGGACAAAUUCGUGAUUGGAAUGAGGAACUACAAACGACCCACGAGUUACCACGUGAAACACUCGUUGUCGAUGGGAAUGUUGUUGCAAUAAAUCCGGCAGACGAACCGCGAACGCAUAUGUAUAUAUGGAAUAAUAUAUUCUUUUCGCUUGGGUUUGAUGUUAAAGAUCACUACAAGGAAUUGGGAGGUGAUGCAGCUGCUCAUGCGGCAACAUCAAAUGAUUUGCAAGGUGUACGAGCUUAUGCGCAACUUGAUAAUCCAAAACUUUUUACUCUGGGUAUGGUCAUAGUUGACUACAAGGGAUUUCGAAUUACUGCACAAUCAAUUAUACCAGGUAUUUUGGAAAGAGAGCAGGAGCAAAGUGUUGUUUACGGGUCGGUCGAUUUUGGCAAAACAGUUGUUAGCUCUGAGGAAUAUCAUGAUUUACUAUCGAAGCCAGCAGAGCAAUUGAAAAUCUUACCUCAUGAAGUUUAUAGUGGUAAAGACGAUGGAAAAAUCAUUAAACUGUGCUCAUCUUUUGAAACUAAAGGUAUUGUUGGAAACGAUUCGCGACAUUAUAUUUUAGAUCUAUUACGAACUUUUCCGCCAGAUGUAAAUUAUCUUGAGGAUGCAGAAGUAACUGAUAUUUGUAAGGCAAACGGAUAUCCACGUGCGUUUCCUCACAAGCUUGCAUCGCUGAGGCAGGAACUAAUUGAGGCUUUCGUCGAGUGCCGCUAUUUGAUGUUUAUUCGUAUAGCUGCAUAUCAUGUGCAGCAAAAUAGACUGGGAUUGUUGUCAGUGGAAGAUGAUGAUAGUACGAAUGAAACGAAGGAGAAGGAAGAUUUUGUUUCAAAAAUGGAUGGAUUCAAGGAUAUGAUAGAAGAGGAUGCAAUUAUGAAUCAGAUCAAGAGCGAAAUAUCUGCGGCCAAUAAAGUUAGUGAAAUACCAUUGCUGGAAACUGAAACAGCAAAAAAAAUCAUGGAAGAGGCUAUUGAUAAUGAUGAAAAGAAGUCUAACAGUUUUGAUAAAGAAAUAUCUGAACAGAUCAUGGCAAAAGCAGCAAAAGCAGUAGGAUCAAUUCGUACGGAUGCAUUUGAUAUCAGAUUUAAUCCGGAUUGUUGCUGUUCAACGGUACGUCACGCCGAAAACGAAGAUAUUGCAAAACAACGACGUUUGGUAGCUGAAGCAGCUGAAUUUUUAGUUGUACAGCAAUUGCCAAAUUUCGUUCGUGACUGUUUGCAACGUGCGAUAAUGCCAUUGGAUGGUGCAUCGCUCAGUGAUGCGUUGCAUUCACGUGGUAUUAACAUCCGAUAUCUGGGUAAAUUAACGAAAUAUAUCCAAAAUGUUAAACAGUUGACGUAUCUUAAGAUAAUUUGUAUUACCGAAUUGUUAUGUCGAUGUGCAAAACAUAUCUUCCGUGGUUAUCUACAACCUGUGUCAGUAGCACAUAUGGCAACGGCAAUAUCACAUUUUCUGAAUUGUCUUCUGAGUCCGUCAACUGAACCUCUAACACCGUAUAAUGAGGAAUUAUCAAUGCCAAUAAAUGGUGUUAGAAAAUCGCGAUCAUCGAAGCGUCGGAAACAGAUUAACAGUGGUGGUAAAGAAAAUGAUGACUGGGCACAAAUUUCAUCGCGUGGGCUUUGGGAACGAGUCAAGUCAGACGCGGAUUUUUAUUAUGCAUUUACAGUUGACGAAGAAAAUAUUGAUGCAUAUUUGUCCACAAUUGGAAUUCAAAAAACUUCCUUUUUACGCCGUUUUGUACAAAUAGUUGGCAUUCAGAUACUUUUGCGGGAUUAUAAUUUAGAAGGAGGAAAAAAAUCACAACUGUUCUUUGAGGAUGAUAUUCAAGGUUUGUAUUGUUUAGCGAAACAUGUUGAUCCGAAAGCUGUGGAUGCUCAUAGUUUAUUUCUUUCUGGACAAAAUAAAGUACAACAAGGUCAAUUACGUGCAGGAUUUGAUUUAGUAUUAGAAUCUCUUAAUUUGAUGAAUAGUGUAUAUGGUGCGGUGCAUUCCGAUAUGGCACAAUGUAUGCGUUUACUUGCUCGUCUUUCAUAUAUCCUUGGUGAUCCAUCUGAAGCACUAUCGCAGCAGCAUAAAGCAACAUUAAUGAGUGAGCGUUGUAAUGGCUUGGACAAUGCUAAUACCGUUAUCGAAUACUUAAAUCUCGCUCAUUUUUCGUUUGCAAAUCUCCACAUUGCUGCUGCAUUGAAAUUACUUUAUCGAGCCCGAUAUCUAUUAUUGCUUAUUCACGGAGAAAAUCAUCCAUUCAUGGCCGAAAUAGAUGGUAAUAUUGGUGUAAUAUUGUAUGCUGUGCAGGAAUUCGAUGAUGCCUUGAAAUUUCUCCAAAAUGCACUGAAAUUGCACCUAACCUACCUGGAACCACAAGCUUUGAAAACAGCACUUAUAUAUCAUUUGAUGGCAAGGACCUAUUCAUGCCGUGGAGAUUUCCGCACUGCCCUACAAAUGGAAAAGGCAUAAAGCAGUGAGUUUUUGAAACAUUUAACGCAACAAGCUGUUACCUUCCAAAAACUUAUCAAUAAAGCUAAUCGACAAGGUUCUAACAAUAUUGGACAACUUCUCCCCGUUGAGGCAUGUUUGUUUAAAGAUUCAUCGUCCGUCUUUGCACAGUGUACUGGAAGUAUUAAAUAUAUUGAAUGGAAUAAUAUUUAUACAGCUCAAAGUAAUAAUAAGACAAUAGAAAAUGCGGCAAGUAACAUGAAAAAGAAUGAAAAUAAUGAUGAUGCAGUAGCGAUUUCGUCACGACCACAGAUGGAUAAUUGUAGUAGCGGUACUGCACAAGCCAUGCAAGAAGUUGCCUUAGAUUAA